CGGCGAAGCAGCAGCGGCAGGAGGAGGAGCAGCAGCAGCCCCUCGCACGUCUCUAGUCACUACCAUGGGGGUCGGGUAGCGGGUAGCGCAGGGGCAGCGCGCACCUGGCUCGGGGUGGGGUUGGGGGGCGUCUCUGCCCUUUUUUCUUUUUUCAUUUUCCUCUCACACGCUGGAGAAAGUGAGAAAAAUGCACCAGCAGCCGCAGCCCGAGCAGCACCCUGAAGAGGUGAACUAUGCAAGCAGCACCAGGAUUCCUCUCCCUGGUGACGGACCAGCUAUUCAGUCAAACAGUUCAGCACCAUCCAAGCAAACUGUUCUAUCUUGGCAAGCUGCAAUCGAUGCUGCUAGACAAGCAAAGGCUGCCCAAAACAUGAGUACCACCACAGCCCAGCCUGUAGGAUCUCUGUCCCAAAGAAAACGCCAGCAAUAUGCCAAGAGCAAAAAACAGGGUAACACGUCCAAUAGUCGGCCACCCCGUGCCCUUUUCUGUUUAUCCCUCAACAAUCCAAUACGAAGAGCCUGCAUUAGUCUAGUAGAAUGGAAACCAUUUGACAUAUUUAUACUACUGUCUAUUUUUGCCAAUUGUGUGGCCUUAGCUGUUUACAUCCCAUUCCCAGAAGAUGAUUCUAAUUCAACUAAUCAUAAUUUGGAAAAAGUAGAAUAUGCCUUCCUGAUAAUUUUUACAGUUGAAACAUUUUUGAAGAUUAUAGCAUAUGGAUUAUUAUUACACCCCAAUGCAUAUGUUAGAAAUGGAUGGAAUUUAUUGGAUUUUGUAAUAGUAAUAGUAGGAUUAUUUAGUGUAAUAUUGGAACAAUUAACCAAAGAAACAGACGGUGGCAGCCACUCAGGUGGCAAACCUGGUGGCUUUGAUGUCAAAGCCCUAAGAGCCUUUCGUGUACUGCGACCUCUCCGACUCGUAUCAGGAGUGCCCAGUUUACAAGUUGUCCUGAACUCCAUUAUAAAAGCCAUGGUCCCCCUCCUCCAUAUUGCCCUUUUGGUAUUGUUUGUAAUCAUAAUCUAUGCUAUUAUAGGAUUGGAACUUUUUAUUGGAAAAAUGCACAAAUCUUGUUUUCUUAUUGAUUCAGAUAUUCUAGUUGAAGAUGAUCCAGCACCUUGUGCAUUCUCAGGGAACGGCCGUCAGUGCGUCAUGAACGGCACCGAAUGUAAGGGUGGAUGGGUUGGACCCAACGGAGGCAUAACCAACUUUGACAACUUUGCAUUUGCAAUGCUGACUGUGUUCCAGUGUAUAACCAUGGAGGGAUGGACUGAUGUGCUCUACUGGGUAAAUGAUGCAAUAGGAUGUGAGUGGCCAUGGAUCUAUUUUGUUAGUCUUAUCAUCCUUGGCUCAUUUUUCGUACUUAACCUGGUUCUUGGUGUACUUAGUGGGGAAUUUUCCAAAGAAAGGGAAAAAGCCAAGGCCCGAGGGGACUUCCAGAAGCUACGUGAAAAACAGCAGCUUGAAGAAGACCUGAAGGGAUAUUUAGACUGGAUUACCCAGGCAGAAGACAUUGACCCCGAGAAUGAUGAAGAGGCUGAUGAAGAAGGCAAAAGGAACACGAGCAUGCCCACCAGCGAGACCGAGUCGGUGAACACGGAGAAUGUCAGCGGCGAAGGGGAGAGCCCGGCGUGCUGCGGGAGCUUGUGUCAAACCAUCUCAAAAUCCAAGUUCAGUCGACGCUGGCGUCGCUGGAACCGCUUUAACAGAAGAAAAUGUAGGGCUGCAGUAAAAUCUGUCACAUUUUAUUGGCUUGUUAUUGUCUUGGUCUUUUUGAACACGUUAACUAUCUCAUCAGAGCAUUACAAUCAACCUGACUGGCUGACCCAGAUCCAAGAUAUCGCAAAUAAAGUUCUUCUGGCUUUAUUCACCUGUGAAAUGUUAGUAAAGAUGUACAGCUUGGGCCUACAGGCCUAUUUUGUUUCUCUCUUUAACCGCUUUGAUUGCUUCGUUGUUUGUGGUGGCAUUGUUGAAACCAUUUUGGUGGAGUUGGAAAUUAUGUCACCCCUUGGAAUUUCAGUGUUUCGCUGUGUUCGUCUCCUGCGUAUUUUUAAAGUAACAAGGCACUGGGCAUCCCUGAGCAACUUGGUAGCAUCCUUGUUAAACUCAAUGAAGUCCAUUGCUUCACUGUUGCUUCUGCUUUUCCUCUUCAUCAUAAUCUUCUCGUUGCUUGGAAUGCAGCUGUUUGGAGGCAAAUUUAAUUUUGAUGAAACUCAAACAAAACGGAGCACCUUCGAUAAUUUUCCACAAGCCCUUUUAACUGUAUUCCAGAUCCUAACAGGGGAAGACUGGAAUGCUGUCAUGUAUGAUGGCAUAAUGGCAUAUGGUGGUCCCUCAUCCUCAGGCAUGAUCGUCUGUAUAUAUUUCAUUAUCCUCUUCAUCUGUGGUAACUAUAUCUUGCUAAAUGUCUUCUUGGCCAUUGCUGUGGAUAACUUGGCAGAUGCUGAAAGUCUAAAUACAGCUCAGAAAGAAGAAGCUGAAGAAAAGGAAAGGAAAAAGAAUGCGAGAAAGGAGAGUCUGGAAAAUAAAAAGAGUGAGAAGUCAGAAGGUGACCAGAAGAAGCCCAAGGAUAGUAAGGUGACAAUUGGUGAAUAUGGAGAAGGAGAGGAAGAGGAUAAAGAUCCCUAUCCCCCCUGUGAUGUACCAGUAGGUGAAGAUGAAGAAGAGGAGGAGGAUGAGCCAGAGGUACCAGCAGGCCCACGUCCCCGUAGGAUAUCAGAGCUCAACAUGAAGGAGAAGAUAACACCUAUCCCUGAAGGCAGUGCCUUCUUCAUCUUCAGCAGCACCAACCCAAUUCGAGUGGGAUGCCACAGACUUAUCAAUCACCACAUCUUUACCAAUCUCAUCCUUGUCUUCAUCAUGCUGAGCAGUGUUUCCUUAGCAGCAGAAGAUCCAAUUCGCAGCCACUCGUUUCGAAAUAAUAUACUUGGUUACUUUGACUAUGCUUUCACAGCCAUCUUUACUGUUGAAAUCCUGUUAAAGAUCCUAGGGUAUGCAGAUUAUGUCUUCACUAGUAUGUUUACAUUUGAGAUCAUUUUGAAGAUGACAGCUUUUGGAGCAUUCCUUCAUAAAGGGUCCUUCUGCAGGAAUUAUUUUAAUUUGCUGGAUUUGCUGGUUGUGGGCGUUUCUCUGGUAUCAUUUGGGAUUCAAUCAAGUGCUAUCUCAGUCGUGAAGAUUCUCAGAGUUUUAAGAGUCUUGAGGCCUCUAAGGGCAAUAAACAGAGCAAAAGGACUUAAGCACGUUGUUCAAUGUGUCUUUGUGGCUAUUAGAACUAUUGGUAAUAUCAUGAUUGUUACAACUCUGCUGCAGUUCAUGUUUGCUUGUAUUGGGGUGCAGCUGUUUAAGGGAAAAUUCUACAAGUGCACUGAUGAGGCCAAACAGAACCCCGAGGAAUGCCGAGGGAUUUACAUCGUCUAUAAGGAUGGAGAUGUCGACAGUCCCAUGGUCAAAGAGAGAGUCUGGCAAAACAGUGAUUUCAACUUUGACAAUGUCCUGUCUGCUAUGAUGGCCCUGUUCACAGUGUCCACCUUUGAAGGCUGGCCAGCGCUGCUCUACAAAGCCAUUGAUUCAAAUGGAGAGAAUGUAGGACCUGUUUACAACUAUAGAGUGGAGAUCUCCAUCUUUUUCAUCAUCUAUAUCAUCAUUAUUGCUUUCUUUAUGAUGAACAUAUUUGUUGGUUUUGUGAUUGUUACAUUCCAAGAACAGGGAGAACAAGAGUACAAGAACUGUGAGCUGGACAAAAAUCAGAGGCAGUGUGUAGAGUAUGCCCUGAAGGCUCGUCCUCUCCGCAGAUAUAUUCCAAAAAAUCCUUACCAAUACAAGUUCUGGUAUGUGGUGAAUUCUACUGGAUUUGAAUACAUCAUGUUUGUCCUCAUCAUGCUGAACACCCUUUGCUUGGCUAUGCAGCACUAUGGACAGUCUAAGCUAUUUAAUGAUGCCAUGGACAUUAUGAAUAUGGUUUUCACAGGAGUGUUCACUGUUGAAAUGGUUUUGAAACUGAUUGCAUUCAAACCCAAGGGCUAUUUUAGUGAUGCCUGGAAUACGUUUGACUCCCUCAUCGUUAUUGGCAGCAUAGUAGACGUCGUUCUCAGUGAAGCUGAUCACUAUUUCACUGAUGCAUGGAACACUUUUGAUGCCUUAAUUGUUGUUGGUAGCGUCGUUGAUAUUGCUAUAACAGAAGUUAAUCCAAAGCCAACUGAAACAGUCACAACUGAUGAGUCUGGGAACUCUGAGGACAGCGCUCGGAUCUCCAUCACCUUUUUCCGUCUCUUCCGUGUGAUGAGGUUGGUGAAGCUGCUGAGCAGAGGAGAAGGAAUCAGAACAUUGCUCUGGACAUUUAUCAAGUCAUUUCAGGCCCUGCCUUAUGUUGCCCUUCUGAUAGCCAUGCUGUUCUUCAUCUAUGCUGUCAUUGGAAUGCAGGUUUUUGGAAAAGUGGCCAUGAGGGACAACAAUCAAAUAAACAGAAACAACAACUUUCAGACUUUCCCCCAAGCUGUGCUGCUUCUCUUCCGGUGUGCAACUGGAGAAGCCUGGCAGGAAAUCAUGCUGGCAUGUUUGCCUGGAAAGCGCUGUGAUCCAGAAUCUGAUUAUAAUCCUGGGGAAGAAUACACAUGUGGAAGCAAUUUUGCCAUCAUUUAUUUUAUCAGUUUUUACAUGCUCUGUGCAUUUUUGAUUAUAAACUUAUUUGUGGCUGUCAUUAUGGAUAAUUUUGAUUAUUUGACACGUGACUGGUCUAUUCUGGGCCCCCAUCACUUGGAUGAAUUCAAAAGAAUAUGGUCAGAAUAUGACCCUGAGGCAAAGGGAAGGAUAAAGCACCUGGAUGUGGUGACAUUGCUGAGAAGGAUUCAGCCACCGCUUGGUUUUGGCAAGUUGUGCCCUCACCGAGUGGCCUGCAAGAGGUUAGUAGCCAUGAAUAUGCCACUGAACAGUGAUGGGACUGUCAUGUUCAAUGCUACUUUAUUUGCUUUGGUUAGGACUGCUCUGAAGAUAAAAACAGAAGGUAACCUGGAGCAAGCCAAUGAGGAACUUAGAGCAGUUAUAAAGAAAAUAUGGAAGAAAACAAGCAUGAAAUUGCUUGACCAAGUUGUCCCUCCCGCUGGCGAUGAUGAGGUAACCGUGGGGAAGUUCUAUGCCACCUUCCUGAUACAGGACUACUUUAGGAAAUUCAAGAAACGCAAAGAACAAGGACUGGUGGGGAAAUAUCCUGCGAAGAACACCACCAUUGCCCUGCAGGCAGGACUAAGGACACUUCAUGAUAUCGGCCCAGAAAUACGCCGAGCUAUUUCCUGUGACUUGCAAGAUGAUGAACCAGAGGAAAACAAUCCAGAGGAGGAGGAAGAUGUUUAUAAAAGGAAUGGUGCCCUCUUUGGCAACCACAUAAACCACAUUAGCAGUGACAGACGAGAUUCCUUUCACCAAAUCAACACCACACACCGUCCCUUACACGUCCAGCGGCCUUCAAUUCCCUCUGCAAGUGAUCCUGAGAAAAACAUGUACCAUCAGGCAGGAAACUCUGUGUACCACAACCACCAUAACCACAACUCGGUAGGAAAGCACGUUCCAAACUCAACAAAUGCCAAUCUCAAUAAUGCCAACGUGUCCAAAGUCCAUGGGAAACACCCAAGUUUUGGGAACCGUGAGCACCGAUCUGAGAACGGUUACCGCUCACACUCCAGGACUGACCACGAGAAGAGAAGAAGGCCAAGCAGUAGGAGAACACGCUACUAUGAAACAUAUAUUAGGUCUGACACUGGUGAUGGGCGCCGCCCGACCAUUCGCCGGGAAGAGCACGAAGUGCAAGACUACUGCAAUGAUGAUCAUUAUCUGACAGAGCAGGACUAUUACAGCGGAGAAGAAUACUAUGAAGAUGACAGUAUGUUGUCAGGAAACAGGCAUAGAUAUGAUUAUCACUGUAGAUAUCACUGCCAUGAAUCAGAUUUUGAGAGACCAAAAGGUUACCAUCACCCACAUGGUUUUUUUGAGGAAGAUGAUUCACAGAUCUGUUAUGAUACAAAAAGAUCUCCUAGGAGACGGCUGCUACCUCCAACACCACCACCACACAGACGAUCUUCCUUUAACUUUGAAUGCCUCCGCCGACAAAGUAGCCAAGACGACAUCCCGCUCUCUCCUAAUUUUCACCAUCGCACGGCUUUGCCACUUCAUUUAAUGCAACAGCAGGUGAUGGCUGUGGCAGGUCUGGAUUCCAGCAAAGCUCAUAAACACUCGCCGAGUCGCUCAACGCGCUCCUGGGCCACCCCGCCCGCCACCCCUCCCAACAGGGAGCGCUCCCCCUACUACACCCCUCUGAUCCAGGUGGACAGGGCUGACUCCACAGAGCACAUGAACGGCAGCCUGCCCUCCCUGCACAGGAGCUCCUGGUACACGGAUGACCCCGACAUCUCCUACAGGACGUUCACCCCAGCCAGCCUGACCGUGCCCAACGACCUGCGGCACAAACACAGCGACAAGCAGAGGAGCGCCGACAGCCUGGUGGAGGCGGUACUUAUAUCUGAAGGCCUAGGAAGGUAUGCAAAGGACCCUAAAUUUGUUUCGGCUACGAAACACGAGAUUGCUGAUGCUUGUGACAUGACUAUUGAUGAGAUGGAGAGUGCAGCAAGUAACCUUCUCAAUGGGAAUAUCAGCAAUGGGACUAACGGGGAUAUGUUUCCAAUUUUAAGCAGACAAGAUUAUGAACUUCAAGAUUUUGGUCCUGGCUACAGCGACGAAGAGCCGGAAACGGGACGAUAUGAAGAAGACUUAGCUGAUGAAAUGAUAUGCAUUACAAGCUUAUAGUAUUUAGCAAGGAAAAUGUUCUAAUAACAGAAAAAGUGCCUCAUAGUUUCAAGAUGCUAGGCACUAGCUGGAGUGAAUAACCAAUCCAAGUUUUGUACGAGUGAUGCCGCACCUCAAGGAAGCCAUAACUAAUAAAUUUAUUAUCUCCAGGUUGCCGAAAUGUGAACAGAGCUGCAGUAGGUCAAGUCUCCUCCCACGGAAUCUUCAGUUCCUCUGUAGGAAUGAGGUUCUUUUGAAACCUAGCAGAUUGUGACAAUCAGUUUUUUGAGGGCUAGAGCAGGAUUCUGAGGUGUAAUAUCUUGCCUGUCUUUCCACCUUGUGCUGCUGUCCUUCCUAGUAGAGCAGGAUUUUGUCAGUGACAAUGUCUCUGUGGGUCUGGCACAGGACUGUGUGGGAAACAGCAACAUGAGAUGAGUGAUGACAACCAAUAAUGUCAUUACCUCAGUGCUCAAAGCAUAUCAGCUACCAUUGCAUAUCCAUUCUAACAUUGUUUUCAAACUUGCCUCCUGAUUUCUUUUCUUAAUGCUCUUCUAAAAUACGAUUUGUCAUGCUCUACCUGUUAGAGAUCGUUGGAAAAAGAAGUUAUAUAAAGAAUAAUCCGUCAUAUGUAACAUCAGUUUACAUAGGAAAAUAUCAUUCAGAUGGUCUGUUUUCUGACUAUCAUGUUAAGGGCAAAAUAUACUGGAAUAAUUGCAUUCUUACUAAUGCACUUGCAACCAGGUUAUAGUAGAAUUAGAUAAGAUAGUUUGCUAAAAAUUAUAUAGUAGAAAAUAUUGUAAAUUAAUUGUAAUAUACAAUGAUUUGUAUUUGUAAAGAGAUGUUCUAUAUUUUGUAAUUAUUGUACCGUAAUUGAACUGCAGCAAUAUUUAUGGACCCUAAUUAUUGUAACUCUCCACAGAAUUCUAGAUAGAAGUAUUUUUACUUGGAAUAUAUAGAUCUAUAGCAUAAAUAUUUAAAUAGAGCCACCUCUCAGUGUAAAUCUCUUUUUGGGAUAAAGUGUCAAGUAUAAGCUUGGCAACAGAUCAGAUUUUUUUAAAAUAAUUGAGUCAAAAGAAUCUCUCUGCAAAAGGGAUGCACCAUUGACUACUCAGUCUUAUACUUGGAAAGGUUAAAAAUUUAAAGAAAUUUCUCUUUUUUUUUUUUUUUGACUGAAAAGUAAUCUGUAAUUUUAUUUUUGUAAUAACUCCAUGCAAAAAAUCCAGAACCUUGGCAAGUUCAUGCCAGGGUGUUCCUGGUCAGAAGAAAAUUUUGACAAAGUACAUACCCUAAAUUGUCAUAGAAAAUAUCUGAGGAAGAAAAUAUUUCAGAGGUAAAUGAAACUACUUUCUCUGCUUGAAAAGACAAGAAAUGUGAUAGUAUGAUUCUACACAGAACCAAAAACCUUGAUAUAAAAAAUAUUUUAUUGCCUCUACCUUUCUGUUGUUCUAUGUGUACUAUUUCAAAGAUUUAUUUUUAUGCAAUCAAGAGAGGGCUUUGAUAUUGUUCACAAUGCAGUAAAACCCUGAAAUGUCUUUGAGGCUGAAAUGACCUUGGAGGAUAAUUAAAACACCCUGAAAGCUACUGUCUAUUUUGUUAGCACUGGAUAACAAUGACUUGUUCUAACAAGUUAUCUUAUCAGGUUUUACCUGUAGUUCCUAUGCUAGAUAGCAAUCCAGUUCACAUUUUUACAAAUGUGAUGUUUAAAACAUGUCAAUAAACAUUUUGUACAUAAUGACAGUUUCCUAUGAAUAGCUUACAGACUUCCUCUGAAAUCGUUCUUAUUUCAAAUGCCAGGAUGAGAACUUAAAGGUUUGUAAAUUAUUUCUUGACCUACAUCAUUUUGUAUUAAAACAAAUGCAAAAUGUUCUUCAAAAUAAAACUGUGUAAUAAUUUUAUUAUA